CACAUCGUGACGCAUUCGGCCCGUGUGUGUGACAAGCGUGCACGCGCUGCACGCAGGUGCUGUGGCCUUGUGCGAGUUCUAUAGUCGCACCUUUUCAGCGUACCGCCUGUGUUACGCCGUCGUUUGUCACCUAUGCGCAUAAAUUCUCUCGACGCGGCGCUAGCCAAAGCGCCACGAAUACCACCCGCAUCUCUUGUGAAAGCCAUGGAUGCAGUGCCUCCUCGGUGGUGAUACAGCCGUGUUUUGUUUCGUACCGAGCUAGUGAGGAACCAUGGACGAUCCGCUUGUAACCAGGAUCAGCCCUCGGGCCAAGGUGCUUUCCGCUCUCUUCUACGGCGUCGUCUCGUUCCUCAUCAUUAUUAUCAACAAAGUCGUGCUCACUACCUACGGGUUUCCUUCGCCGCAUUUCUUGGGGGUGGGUCAGAUGGUUAUUACCAUUAUCCUGAUAUGGGCAUUAAGGCAAGCAGGGUUUAUAGACUUUCCAAAUAUAUCGAUGGCCACGUGUGCCAAGAUACUGCCGCUUCCCAUAUUCUUUGGAGCCAAUCUAGUGUGUGGCUUGGGAGGCACACAAAAAAUUAGCUUGCCAAUGUUCACAGCAUUACGUAGGUUUUCCAUUCUCAUGACUAUGAUCGGGGAAUACCUGGUGCUGAGGAAAAGGCCUCAGACAGGUGUUGUGAUCUCUGUGUUUGCCAUGGUGGGAGGUGCAAUGAUAGCCGCGUGCAAAGACCUGUCCUUCGAUGUUGGCGGCUACACGCUAGUCCUGCUCAAUGAUUUCUUCACUGCGGCCAACAUCAUAUGCGUUCGCAAGGUUGUCGACGCCAAGGACCUCACAAAUUACGAACUGCUCUUCUACAAUGCCUUGCUCAUGGUGGCACCCCUGGCUUUUCUGUCGUGGGCCAUUGGUGACCUGACAAUGGCGCUGGAGUACCCGCAAUGGCUGGAGCCUGGAUUUCUGGGUGCCUUUCUUUGUUCCUGUCUGAUGGGCUUUAUGAUAAUGUACGCCACAGUGCUGUGCACUGCGUAUAACUCUGCUCUCACCACUACCAUCAUCGGCUGCCUAAAGAACAUAAUGACCACCUAUGUCGGAAUGUACGUUGGUGGUGACUACAUCUUCAAUCUUUCCAACUUUGUGGGCCUUAAUAUUAGCGUUGGCGGAAGCCUGCUGUAUUCUUAUCUCACCUUCAUUCAGAAGCAGAGCAACCAACAGAUGCCAACAACACAGUCAAAAUGAUGCCUGGUGUAUCAAGUUGAAGAACAAGAGAAGCUCAGACCCGAUGCACAUGCUUCGGCGUCUGGACCGAGUUAUUCUUUUUCAAGAUCAAACAGCCUUAUUUUCAGUCUGCGAU